UUCAAUCACUCCAUUUUCUAGCCUUGAUGCACUUGCACCAAGCAUAGAAUUUUGCAGUGCGAAGACAGAGAGAGACCUCGAGUUUGGAGACUUUGGGAUUUUAGAGGAGAGAGAAUCUUGGAGUUGGAAGAGCUUGGGAUUCUAGUGUGUGUGUGUGAGAGAGAGAGAGAGAUGGGUGAGAAGGGAAGAGUAUGUGUGACAGGUGCAGGGGGUUAUUGUGCUUCAUGGCUGGUGAAGCUUCUUCUCUCUGAGGGAUACACAGUCCAUGGCACUGUGAGGGAUCCAGAUGAUGAAAGAUAUGCCCAUGUUAAGAAGUUGGAAAAUUCUUCAACAAAUUUACUACUCUUCAAAGCGGAUCUCCUGGAUUACAACUCCAUUUUUUCAGCAAUCAGAGGAUGCCAUGGAGUUUUUCAUGUUGCAAGUCCAGUUCCAUCAAACAGGGUGGCAGAUCCUCAGAAAGAAUUGUUGGAUCCGGCAGUCAAAGGAACAUUGAAUGUGCUUAAAGCUUCUAAAGAGGCACAAGUAAAACGGAUUGUCCUUGUCUCCUCUGUUGCAGCUGUUUACAUGAAUCCAAAUUGGCCUCGAGAUAGGGUCAUGGAUGAAAGUUGUUGGUCUGACACGCAAUAUUGUAUAACAACUGAGAAUUGGUAUCACCUCUCUAAAACCAUGGCUGAAAGUGAGGCUUGGGAGUAUGCUGAGAGAAGUGGACUUGACCUUGUAUCAGUUUGUCCAUCAGCGGUGCUAGGACCAAGGCUACAACCAACAGUAAAUGCCAGUAGUCUAUUUCUCAUCAAGCUUUUGAAAGGAGAGCCGGAGACAUUCCGUAACAAAACGUUUUCUACCAUUGAUGUUCGGGAUCUUGCAGAGGCCCUUUUGCUGGUCUACAACAACCCAGAAGCAUUAGGAAGAUACGUGUGUGUUGGACAUGCAGCCAAAACUAAGGAGAUGGUCGAGAUUAUGAGGAGCCGAUAUCCUAAUCACACCUACCCAAAACAAUUUAUUGAUGGACAGGAUGAUCCACCUUUGAGCUCAGAAAAACUCCAAAGCUUAGGCUGGCGAUUCAGGCCUUUGGAGGAUACUCUUGUUGACUUUGUUCAGCAUUUUCAAGAUGAUGGUCUUGUAAUUAGGGCCUAGCUGUACAAUAUUUUUCUGGACGGGUCUUGUCUGAUACUAUGAAACUGUUUUAUGAACAUAUAUAUAUAUAUAUAUAUUUGUUGGAAAUG